AUGACCAGCUUGAAACGGUCACAGACGGAGAGGCCUGCUGCCCCCGAAAGGGCCUCGGUUGUCGCCACAGAUGGCGCCCCCAAAGUCCACACUGACGACUUCUACAUGCGACGCUUCAGGUCCCAGAAUGGCAGUUUAGGGUCCUCGGUCAUGGCUCCGGUAGGGCCCCCCCGAAGCGAAGGGUCUCAUCAUAUAACCUCGACCCCCGGAGUCCCCAAGAUGGGGGUUAGGGCUAGGAUUGCGGAUUGGCCCCCGAGAAAGGAAAACGUCAAAGAAUCUAGCCGUUCAAGCCAGGAAAUAGAAACCUCAAGUUGCCUUGAGAGCCUGUCCUCCAAAAGCAGUCCUGUGAGUCAGGGAAGUUCUGUUAGCCUCAAUUCCAGUGACUCAGCCAUGUUAAAAAGCAUACAGAACACACUGAAAAACAAGACAAGGCCGGCGGAGAACAUGGACUCCAGAUUUCUCAUGCCUGAAGCCUACCCCAGCUCCCCUAGGAAGGCUCUCCGCAGGAUCCGUCAGCGGAGCAACAGCGAUAUCACCAUAAGUGAACUUGACGUGGAUAGCUUCGAUGAAUGUAUCUCGCCCACAUACAAGACUGGGCCAUCACUGCACAGGGAAUAUGGUAGCACCUCUUCAAUUGAUAAGCAGGGAACGUCCGGGGAAAGCUUCUUUGACUUGCUAAAGGGCUACAAAGACGACAAGUCUGAUCGAGGUCCAACUCCAACCAAGCUCAGUGACUUCCUCAUCGCCAGUGGGGGCAAGGGCUCCGGUUUCUCCCUGGAUGUCAUAGACGGGCCCAUCUCCCAGAGGGAGAACCUCCGGCUCUUUAAGGAAAGGGAAAAACCACUCAAGCGCCGUUCCAAGUCUGAAACUGGAGACUCGUCCAUUUUUCGUAAGUUACGCAAUGCCAAAGGUGAGGAACUUGGGAAAUCGUCAGAUCUUGAAGACAACCGGUCAGAAGACUCUGUCAGGCCCUGGACAUGCCCGAAGUGCUUUGCCCACUACGAUGUCCAGAGUAUACUAUUUGACUUGAAUGAGGCCAUUAUGAACAGGCACAACGUUAUUAAGAGGAGAAACACCACCACGGGGGCAUCGGCCGCUGCCGUGGCAUCCCUGGUCUCCGGACCUCUGUCCCACUCGGCCAGUUUUAGCUCCCCGAUGGGCAGCACGGAGGACCUGAAUUCCAAGGGGAGCCUCAGCAUGGACCAGGGAGACGAUAAGAGCAAUGAACUUGUACUGAGCUGUCCGUAUUUUCGGAAUGAGAUAGGUGGAGAAGGCGAAAGGAAAAUCAGCCUGUCAAAAUCAAAUUCUGGUUCCUUUAGUGGGUGUGAAAGUGCCUCCUUUGAGUCUACGCUUAGUUCCCAUUGCACAAAUGCAGGAGUGGCGGUACUUGAAGUGCCCAAGGACAACCUUGUGUUGCAUCUGGACAGGGUGAAGAGAUACAUCGUGGAGCAUGUGGACCUGGGCGCGUACUAUUACAGGAAAUUCUUCUAUCAGAAGGAACACUGGAACUAUUUUGGGGCCGAUGAGAAUCUUGGACCAGUGGCUGUGAGCAUUCGGAGGGAAAAGCCAGAAGAGACGAAGGAAAAUGGAUCUCCCUACAACUACCGAAUAAUUUUUAGAACCAGUGAGCUCAUGACCCUGAGAGGUUCAGUCCUGGAGGAUGCCAUUCCCUCAACGGCGAAGCACUCGACAGCCAGAGGGCUGCCCCUGAAGGAAGUGCUGGAGCACGUGAUUCCUGAGCUCAACGUCCAGUGCCUGAGGUUGGCCUUCAACACUCCCAAAGUCACAGAGCAACUCAUGAAACUGGACGAACAAGGGCUGAACUAUCAGCAGAAGGUAGGCAUCAUGUACUGCAGAGCUGGACAGAGCACCGAAGAAGAGAUAUACAACAAUGAGUCAGCCGGCCCGGCCUUUGAGGAAUUCCUUCAGCUGUUGGGAGAACGCGUUCGGCUCAAAGGAUUUGAGAAGUACCGUGCACAGCUUGACACCAAAACUGACUCCACUGGAACCCAUUCUCUGUAUACAACAUACAAAGACUAUGAAAUCAUGUUCCAUGUUUCCACCAUGCUGCCAUACACACCUAAUAACAAGCAACAGCUCCUACGGAAGCGGCACAUUGGAAAUGAUAUUGUCACAAUUGUUUUCCAAGAGCCCGGAGCACAGCCAUUCAGCCCAAAAAACAUCCGAUCCCACUUCCAGCACGUUUUUGUCAUCGUCAGGGUUCACAACCCCUGCACCGACAGUGUUUGUUACAGUGUGGCUGUCACCAGGUCCAGAGACGUGCCUUCCUUUGGACCUCCCAUCCCCAAAGGGGUCACUUUCCCUAAGUCAAAUGUGUUCAGGGACUUCCUUUUGGCCAAAGUGAUUAACGCAGAAAACGCUGCGCAUAAAUCAGAGAAGUUUCGGGCCAUGGCAACUCGGACCCGCCAGGAAUACCUGAAAGAUCUGGCAGAAAAGAAUGUCACCAACACCCCAAUUGACCCAUCUGGCAAGUUCCCAUUCAUCUCUCUGGCCUCCAAGAAGAAGGAGAAGUCUAAGCCAUAUCCGGGAGCUGAACUCAGUAGCAUGGGGGCCAUUGUGUGGGCCGUCCGGGCCAAAGACUACAACACAGCUAUGGAAAUAGACUGUCUGUUGGGGGUCUCCAACGAAUUCAUCGUCCUCAUCGAGCAGGAAACAAAGAGCGUGGUUUUCAACUGUUCCUGCAGAGAUGUGAUAGGGUGGACCUCGACUGACACCAGCCUCAAGAUCUUCUACGAGCGAGGAGAAUGUGUUUCGGUGGAGAGUUUAAUUAAUAACGAGGAUAUCAAGGAGAUUGUAAAGAGGUUGCAGUUUGUGUCAAAAGGUUGUGAAUCAGUGGAGAUGACUCUGCGAAGGAAUGGGCUAGGCCAGCUUGGCUUCCAUGUCAACUACGAGGGCAUCGUGGCCGACGUGGAGCCCUAUGGCUAUGCCUGGCAGGCAGGGCUCAGGCAGGGCAGCCGGCUGGUGGAGAUCUGCAAGGUGGCGGUGGCCACCCUGAGCCACGAGCAGAUGAUUGAUCUCCUGAGAACAUCUGUCACGGUGAAGGUUGUCAUCAUCCCCCCGCAUGACGACUGCACCCCACGGAGGAGUUGCUCUGAAACGUACCGCAUGCCAGUGAUGGAAUACAAAAUGAACGAAGGGGUUUCAUACGAAUUCAAGUUUCCCUUCCGAAAUAAUAACAAAUGGCAGAGGAAUGCCAACAAGGGGCCUCACUCAGCUCAAGUCCCCUCCCAGGUGCAGAGCCCCAUGACCUCGAGGCUGAAUGCUGGCAAAGGAGACGGGAAGAUGGCUCCUCCAGAAAGAGCCGCCAACAUCCCUCGAAGCAUCUCCAGUGACGGGCGCCCCCUGGAGAGGCGGCUGUCUCCUGGCUCAGACAUCUACGUGACGGUCUCCUCCAUGGCCCUCGCGAGGUCCCAGCAGUGCCGCAACUCCCCUAGCAACCUGUCUUCAUCCAGCGAGACGGGCUCUGGCGGAGGCACUUACCGGCAGAAGUCCAUGCCCGAAGGGUUUGGAGUAAGCCGCAGAUCCCCAGCCUCCAUCGACAGGCAGAACACCCAGUCAGAUAUUGGUGGCAGCGGGAAAUCUACCCCCAGCUGGCAAAGAAGUGAGGAUAGCAUUGCUGACCAGAUGGCUUACAGUUAUAGAGGACCUCAGGAUUUCAAUUCUUUUGUCCUCGAGCAGCAUGAAUAUACAGAGCCAACGUGCCAUCUCCCAGCAGUAUCAAAGGUACUGCCAGCUUUCCGAGAGAGCCCCAGUGGGAGAUUAAUGCGGCAGGAUCCGGUGGUCCAUUUGUCUCCAAACAAACAAGGGCAUUCUGACAGCCACUACUCAAGCCACUCCAGCAGCAAUACCCUCUCCAGCAACGCGUCAAGUGCCCACAGCGACGAGAAGUGGUACGAUGGGGACCGCACGGAGUCUGAGCUCAACAGCUACAACUACCUGCAAGGCACCUCCGCUGACAGUGGCAUCGACACCACCUCCUAUGGUCCCAGCCACGGCAGCACGGCCUCCCUGGGGGCUGCCACGUCGUCCCCUCGCUCAGGGCCCAGCAAAGAGAAAGUGGCACCCCUGUGGCAUAGUUCCAGUGAAGUGAUCUCCAUGGCAGAUCGGACUUUAGAGACAGACGGCCUCGGCAUGGACCGGAAAACAGAGUCCUCCCUGAGCCUGGACAUCCACGGCAAGAGCCCAGCGGGCUCAAACCCUCUGACAAGGGAGAACAGCACUUUCAGUAUAAAUGACGCUGCUUCCCACACAAGCACCAUGGGCUCCCGACACUCUCCCAGCCCCGUUGUCUUCACCAGUGCCAGAAGCUCCCCUAAAGAAGAGCUCCAUCCUGCCACCUCACAGCUCCUACCUUCCUCCUCCUCCUCCUCCUCCUCGUCUGGUCCUAGGACUUUCUACCCUCGCCAGGGCGCAACCAGCAAGUACCUGAUUGGUUGGAAGAAACCCGAAGGAACCAUAAACUCCGUGGGAUUCAUGGACACAAGAAAGCGUCACCAGAGCGACGGCAAUGAGAUAGCCCACACCAGGCUGCGUGCUUCAACCAGGGACCUCCGGGCGUCCCCCAAGCCGGCCUCCAAGUCCACCAUUGAGGAGGACCUCAAGAAACUCAUCGACCUGGAAAGCCCAACUCCCGAAUCGCAGAAGAACUUUAAGUUCCAUGCGCUCUCCUCUCCUCAGUCUCCUUUUCCUACCACCCCCACCUCAAGGCGGGCUUUGCACCGGACGCUGUCAGACGAGAGCAUUUACAGCGGGCAGAGGGAGCACUUUUUCACCUCAAGGCCUUCACUUCUGGACCAAGCCCUGCCCAAUGACGUCCUCUUCAGUAGCACGUACCCUUCUCUUCCCAAGUCUCUUCCGUUGCGGAGGCCUUCUUACACCUUGGGAAUGAAGUCGUUGCAUGGAGAGUUCUCAGCCUCGGACAGCUCCCUCACUGACGUCCAGGAGACUCGAAGGCCACCCAUGCCCGACCCUGGCCUGAUGCCCCUGCCCGAUGCUGCUGCGGAUUUGGAUUGGUCCAACCUGGUGGACGCUGCAAAGGCCUAUGAGGUCCAGAGAGCCUCCUUCUUUGCUGCUGCUGAUGAAAACCACCGCCCCUUGAGUGCCGCGUCCAACAGUGACCAGCUGGAGGAGCAGGCGCUGGCCCAGAUGAAGUCUUACAGCAGCAGUAAGGAUUCCUCUCCCACUCUGGCGUCUAAAGUGGACCAGCUGGAAGGUAUGCUGAAGAUGCUCCGGGAAGACUUGAAGAAGGAAAAAGAAGACAAAGCCCACCUCCAGGCGGAGGUCCAGCACCUGCGGGAGGACAACCUGAGGCUGCAGGAGGAGUCCCAGAACGCCUCAGACAAGCUCAAGAAGUUCACCGAGUGGGUCUUCAACACCAUAGACAUGAGCUAG